AAGAGUCGGCUGUGAUGUGUGUGUGUGAUUUGAAGAGGGAGGAGGAAGACGAGAAACGUCUGUACAGGAGCAUCCAGCGCUGAGUGUGUCAUUCAUUCUUCUGUUCAGCUGGACUCCAUCAUGCAGCGGGCAGCAGUCCUGCUGGCUCUCAUCAGCACGAGCUCAGCUCUCAGACCCGAAUGGAUACCGCAAAACUAUCCCAUGACCGAUGCAGGGGCUCUGAGUUUUGUAAACGACUACAACUCAACAGCUGAAGAAGUCUUUUACUUCAGCACAGAAGCCAGCUGGAACUACAACACCAACCUGACGGAGCACAAUUCCCAGCUGCAGAUAUCUGCAUCCUUAGAAGAGCAGGAAUUCACAGAAGCAUGGGGCAAAAAAGCAAAGGACACAUUUUCUGAUUCUUUCAUUGAAACCUUAAAUCCUGAACUGCAGAAACUUCUCAAGAAGAUCAAAGUGCUGGGACCUGCCAACCUCCCAACCUCAGAUAGAGAGAAAUAUAACACCAUUCUGAGCCAGAUGGAUAAAAUCUACUCGACUGCAAAGGUUUGCCCCAGUAAAGAGGAAUGCUGGUCUUUGGAGCCCGAGCUCACAGACAUCAUGGCUACCUCAAGAAGCUAUAAAAGACUUCUGUAUGCCUGGGAGGGUUGGCACAACGCCUCUGGAGUUCCUCUCAGAGAACACUAUCCUGGGUUUGUGGAGCUCAGCAACAAUGCAUCCAGGAUGGAUGGCUAUAAAGACACAGGCGAUUACUGGCGUUCUUGGUACGACUCUCCAACAUUUGAGCAAGAUCUUGAGAACCUGUUUAAACAGCUGGAACCCCUUUACCAAAACCUGCACGCCUUUGUCCGUCGCAAGCUUUACGAUUUCUAUGGUCCUAAGUACAUCAACCUCAAGGGUCCAAUUCCAGCACAUCUCUUGGGGAACAUGUGGUCGCAGACUUGGAACAACAUCUACAGUAUGAUGAUUCCUUUUCCUGGCAAGCCCAAUGUAGAUGUGACCGACGCCAUGGCUGCUAAGGGCUACAACGCCACUCACAUGUUCCGAGUGGCCGAGGAGUUUUUCACCUCUCUGGGAUUGAUUUCCAUGCCGCCUGAGUUCUGGAAAAUGUCCAUGCUGGAAAAACCCACUGAUGGAAGAGAGGUAGUCUGUCAUGCGUCUGCAUGGGACUUUAGCAACCGCAAGGACUUCAGAAUCAAACAGUGCACCAUAGUGACCAUGGAACAGCUGUUCACGGUACAUCAUGAAAUGGGCCAUAUUGAAUAUUAUCUCCAGUACAAAGACCAGCCGGUGAGCUUCAGGGGAGGAGCAAAUCCUGGCUUUCAUGAGGCCAUAGGUGAUGUUCUGUCUCUUUCUGUCUCCACACCUAAACAUCUGCACGCUAUUGGGCUUCUGGACCAACUGACCGAAGAUAAUGAAAGCGACAUCAAUUACCUGUUUAAGAUGGCUUUGGAGAAGAUUGCCUUCCUGCCUUUCGGAUACCUUAUUGAUCAGUGGCGCUGGGGAGUUUUUAGCGGACAAACGCCGCCUGAACGCUACAACGCAGACUGGUGGCAUCUCAGGACAAAGUAUCAAGGAAUCUGUCCUCCAGUCAGACGUACAGAGGAGCAUUUUGAUGCUGGAGCAAAAUAUCACAUUCCUGGAAACACUCCUUACAUCAGAUACUUUGUAAGCUUCAUUCUUCAGUUCCAAUUCCAUGAGAAAUUGUGUCAAGAAGCCGGACAUACUGGACCUCUCUACAAGUGUGAUAUCUACAGAUCCACAAAGGCCGGAGCUGUUUUAGAGAAACUCCUGAAGGCCGGAUCUUCACAGGAAUGGACGAAGGUGCUACAAGAGGCUGUGGGCACUGACAAAAUGGACGCCAGUGCCUUGAUGAAAUAUUUUGAUCCCGUUAUAAACUGGCUGCAAGAACAGAAUAAGAAUGAGACGUUGGGCUGGCCUGAUUUUAAUUGGGUACCACCAGUACCAGAAGGCUAUCCUGAAGACAUCGGUAAGAUAACAGAUGAAAUUCUGGCAAAAAAGUUCUUGGAUGACUACAACAGCACGGCAGAGAAGGUUUGGAAUGCUUACACUGAGGCUUCGUGGACCUACAACACUGACAUCAAUGAAGCCAACAAGCAGAGCAUGCUGAUGAAGAACUUGGAGAUGGCCAAUCACACAAAGAUAUAUGGGCUAGAGGCCCGCAACUUUGAUGCCAGCGAUUUCCAGGAUGAAAAUGUCAAGAGAAUAUUGACUAAACUGAGUGAUCUUGAAAGAGCUGCCCUUCCUGAAGAAGAACUUAAAGAGUACAACAAUUUGCUAGCCUCCAUGGAGACCUUAUACAGCGUGGCAACAGUUUGCAAAAGUAAAUCAGAUUGUCUGUCUUUGGAUCCAGAUCUGAAUAAGAUCAUGGCAGAGUCCAGGGACUAUGAUGAACUGCUGUUUGCCUGGCAGGGUUGGCGUAACGCCUCGGGCAGAGAACUCCGCAGCAGCUACAAAAGAUAUGUUGAGCUUGCCAACUUAGCUGCACGGAGCAAUGGUCACACAGAUAAUGGGGCGUUCUGGCGUUCUCUGUAUGAGACCCCCACAUUAGAGCAAGAUCUAGAAGCCUUGUGGAAAGAUCUAGAACCGCUCUACCUCAAUGUUCAUGCUUAUGUGCGUAGAGCCCUGUACAAGAAAUAUGGAGCAGAGCGCAUCAAUCUUAAAGGACCCAUUCCUGCUCAUCUUCUUGGAAACAUGUGGGCACAGACGUGGUCCAGUAUUAUGGAUCUUGCCAUUCCAUACCCUGAUGCUACACAAGUGGACGCCACACCAGCCAUGAUCGCUCAGGGUUGGGACGCCAGGCGAAUGUUCAACGAAUCAGACCGGUUCUUUACCUCACUGGGUCUUCUGCCCAUGCCGCCUGAGUUUUGGGAGAAGUCCAUGCUGGAGAAACCCACAGACGGCCGUGAAGUGGUGUGUCACGCCUCUGCCUGGGACUUCUAUAAUCGCAAAGACUUUAGGAUAAAACAGUGCACGGUGGUAACCAUGGAUGACCUUAUCACUGUUCAUCAUGAGAUGGGCCAUGUUCAGUAUUUCCUACAGUAUAAAGAUAAACCCAUCUCCUUCCGUGAUGGUGCCAACCCUGGAUUCCAUGAGGCCAUUGGUGAUGUAUUGGCCCUGUCGGUGUCCACACCUAAACAUCUGCAGAGCAUCGGUCUGCUGGACAAGGUGGAGGACAACAAAGAGAGCACCAUUAACUUCCUGAUGAGCAUUGCCUUGGAUAAGAUCGCCUUCCUGCCGUUCGGUUAUCUGAUGGACCAGUGGAGGUGGAAAGUGUUUGAUGGCCGGAUCUCAAGCUCAGAAUACAACAAAGAGUGGUGGAACCUCAGAAUGAAGUACCAGGGGUUGUGUCCACCUGUUCCCCGUACUGAGGAAGACUUUGACCCUGGUGCAAAGUUUCACAUCCCAGCUAACGUGCCUUAUGUCAGGUACUUUGUGAGCUUUGUAGUCCAGUUUCAGUUCCAUAAGGCCCUGUGUGAAGCCGCGGGUCAGCCAGCUCCGCUCCACAACUGUGACAUCUAUCAGUCGAAAGAGGCAGGAAAACUGCUGGGUGAUGUGAUGAAGAUGGGCUUCAGUAAACCCUGGCCUGAAGCCAUGACUCUCAUCACCGGCCAGCCCAAGAUGUCUGUCCAGCCUCUGAUGGAGUAUUUCCAACCUCUCACUGAAUGGCUGAAGGAAGAGAACCAGAAGAACGGAGAAGUGCUGGGAUGGCCCGAAUAUGAUUGGACACCGUACAAAAUGACUGUAGUACAGGACGAGAAGCCGACAACUGUAAAUUUUCUUGGUUUAAAUGUGAGUGACGCAGGUGCGGCUGCCGGUCAGUGGAUUCUUCUGGUUCUGUCUCUUGUCUUCCUGAUCAGCAUCAUAUUUCUGGCUUAUAAAUACAGCAGAUCUAAACGUUUACAGGAUAAAUCCAUGUCUCAGAUAGAACUCAAUUAAAAUCGCUGAACAAUAGAAAAUAUUCUGUUCUUACCUUACAGUCAUUAAAUUUGUUGAUUUUUUUUUGAAGGAAACAAAUCUGACUCUUUUUGAAUGUAAUGUAUAUUUAUUUUCUGGUCACAUGUGACUAUGCAAUGAAUGCUGUUGUAAUUUAUUUGUACAAAUUUUAAAUGUUUGCCAAGUGUUGAAUAUUUUCUGUUAUUUCUAUGGUUUUAACUUUGUGCAUUUAUGACUAAUUUUACUACUUUUGACUUUAUAGAAUAUAAACAAAUAUACAGACAUUCUGGCUUUGUUUGUCGUUUUAAAUGUCGAGACUUUUCACAAAAAUAGCUGUUAUUUCCGUUUGACCGUUUUCACAGUCAAAUAAACGGUUUAAUAACAAUAUAAAA